AUGGGUCCUGGUGACAGCCCGUAUUCCGGUGGUGUCUUCUUCCUUGCUAUACAUUUCCCCACCGACUACCCCUUCAAACCGCCCAAGGUCAACUUUACCACCCUCAUCUACCACCCCAACAUCAACUCGAACGGAAGCAUCUGCCUUGACAUCCUCAGAGAUCAAUGGAGCCCUGCUCUGACCAUAUCGAAAGUUCUCCUCUCGAUCUGCUCCAUGCUGACAGACCCCAACCCCGAUGACCCAUUGGUACCUGAAAUCGCCCAUGUCUACAAGACUGACCGUCCGCGUUAUGAAGCUACCGCGCGCGAAUGGACCCGGAAGUAUGCUAUUUGA